UAUUGAAAUUGGCGACGAAGUAAAAGGCGAAGGACGUGUUCGCCGUUCUAUCCUAAGUCCGAAUGAACUUAUAAGCGUUCCCGCGCCCGAAGUAAAAACACUCUAUGACAUGCUUCAAUAUAGCGCGAAAACAUUUGGGAAAAAAAAGAAGGCAAUGGGGUACCGAAGUAUACUCAACAUUGUUGAGGAGGAAAAAGAAGUUACCAAAACGGUAAACGGUGUUGAAAAAAAAGAAAUUAAGAAGUGGAAAUAUUUUCAGUUGUCUGAAUAUCAUUGGUAUGACUAUGAAGAGGUUAGUGAGAUAGCGAAGAAUAUUGGGGCAGGGCUUGUUAAACUUGGGUUGAAAAAGGACUCGAAACUUACUGUGUAUGCUUCUACGAGUGUAAAUUGGAUGCUUGUAGCUCAUGGCAACUUGACUAUUGUCACGGCAUAUGAUACUCUUGGUGAAGAUGGCCUCCUCCAUUCAAUGAAUGAAUCAGAAGUCAAAGCAUUAUUUACUAAUGCUGAUCUCCUCACGCCUGUAAAAAAUGUCGCUGGUAAUUGCCCAACUCUUGAAGCUGUGAUUUACGAUGGUGAAGCAAAAGGAAAAAUCCUGGAGGAAUUCAAAGCUGCCCAUCCAAAUAUCAAUAUUUAUACACUUGAUGAAUUGAAACAACUGGGAAAAGAUAAUUAUAUUGAGCCAAAUCCACCACAAGCUCAGGAUUUAUGUUGCAUUAUGUACACUUCGGGUAGUACGGGUAAUCCGAAAGGUGUUAUUCUAACACAUUCUAAUCUCAUCGCGACAAUUGCCGGAGUUAAUAAACUGCUUCAGCACUUGAUUCUACCAGACGAUAGUCUUCUUGCUUAUCUUCCACUUGCUCAUGUUCUCGAAUUCGUAGUCGAACAGACUUGCAUCUUUUGGGGCGUGACGUUAGGAUAUGGAGGCGUACGCACAUUGACCGACGCAUCUGUUCGGAAUUGUCUCGGUGAUAUUCGUGAAUUGAGACCGUCAUUGAUGACAGGUGUUCCAGCUGUGUGGGAAUCAAUUAGAAAAAAUGUUUUGUCAAAAGUGCAUGCUGGUAGUCCAACAGUCCAAAAAGUUUUCAAUGCUGCUUUUAAGGCCAAGGGCUGGUGUAUGAAUAAAGGAUUGCCAACUCGACCUUUCGAUAUUGCCGUAUUUAAUAAAAUUAAACAGCAAACUGGUGGUAGACUUCGAUACGCUUUGUCUGGUGGUGCGCCUAUUUCAAAGGAAACACAAGAAUUUUUGUCGAUUGCUUUGUGCCCUAUUCUGCAAGGUUACGGCAUGACAGAAUCUUGUGGUAUGUGUGCUAUUCUUACCCCCGAUCAAUUUACAUACGGAACAGUUGGUAGUCCGGUACCAUGUGUUGAAGUUAAGUUAGUUGAUGUAGCAGAUGCCGGUUACCUAUCGACAAAUGCGCGACCCCAAGGAGAAAUAUGGAUUCGAGGUCCAUGUGUCGCCUCCGGUUACUACAAGAAUGAACAGGUCACUAAAGAAACCUUCACCGAUGAUAAAUGGCUUCAAACUGGCGAUAUAGGCGAAUGGCUUCCGAAUGGAACUCUAAUCAUCAUCGAUCGUAAGAAAAAUCUCGUGAAACUUGCGCAUGGCGAAUAUAUUGCCUUGGAAAAAUUGGAAUCAGUGUACAAUACUUGUUUGUACGUCUUGAAUAUUAUGAUUUAUGCCGAUUCAUUUAAAGAUAGACCUGUCGCGUUGGUGUUUCCGGCUGAGUCAAAAAUCAAGGAACUUGCAAAAGAGAAAGGUCUUGAUGGUAAUCUAGGUUUUGAACAGUUGUGCAAACAUAAGGAUAUUGUCGCUGCAGUAUUACAGUCUUUAAUUGCGCAAGCUAAAAAAGCGGGACUUAAACCUGCUGAGCUGGUUUCUGCAGUUGCUCUUACUCAUGAAGAGUGGACUGCUGAAAAUGGGCUAUUAACAGCAGCACGGAAACUCAAACGCAAAGAACUUGUUGCAAAAUUUAAAGAUGAUAUCGAUAGCAUGUAUGGCGUAAAGAAAUGA